AUGGCUCCGACUUCGGCGACUGAUAUCGAAGCCAACCCUGGCACGACUUCGCAUGUCAAUGCGAGUGCAAAUGCGGAUGCGCCCUUGACAACAAAUGGGACUGGCGAGAAGGAGAAGGAAAUUGCGACAAUGCUCCCUGAGUCAGAGGGGAAACCGUCUCCAGCACGACGCAGCAUCUCCUCGCGCUGGUCGGAGGCUGUAUCCCCAAAGCACGCCGACCUGAUCUGUCUCGUGCUCUGCUUCAUCACCGGCCUAUGCGACAGCGCUGCCUACAAUGCCUGGUCUUGCUUUUUGGCGAUGCAAACUGGAAACACAAUCUUCCUCGGCCUCGGCGCCUCCUCGCAACCCUCCGGAAAACCCUGGGGCUGGCUGAAAUCCCUCCUCAGCAUAACCUCCUUCUUUAUCGGCUCCCUCCUCUUCUCCCUCUACGGCCGACACGUCGGCCCCCGCCGACGCAGCACCCUCUUCACCUCCUUCCUCUUCCAAGCGGCCCUGAUUAUUAUCGCCGUCGCACUCAUCGAAGCCGACCUAAUUCCACACACAGAGGCCGAAUCUCGCACCCUGACAGGCGGCCGCCUCUUCCUUGAACUGAUUCCCAUCGCACUACUCGCGUUCCAGUCUGCGGGAAGCAUCACGAGCGCGCGCGCGCUGGGUUAUAAUGAAAUUCCGACGGUGGUCCUGACGAGUGUGUACUUUGACGUUGCGAGUGAUCCGAAGCUGGUGCAAGAUGUUAGUGGGAAUGUUAAGCGGAAUCGGCGUGUGGGUGGAGUUGUGAUGUUGCUUUUGGGGGCGAUUGUUGGUGGGUGGUUGAGUAAGAGCUCGGGAGGGAUGGAGAGCGCGCUUUGGCUUAGUGCUGGGUUGAAGGGGGUUAUUGGUAUUGGGUGGCUGGGGUGGGUUGCUGAGGUGAAAUGA